AGGAGCAUUAGUGGGCGUGAGCAUGCGAGUGUGUGUUGGUGCUCCCAGGGCGCAUGCGGACUGAGGCCCAAAAGGGAAAGCCUUCCACACAGCAGAUCUAAGCCAGCUGCCCUGCUCUGUGUACUUCAUUGCAAAAGGUUGGAAGAAAGGGGGAAACGGCGUGCAUCCCCUCCACUCGUGUGCUCAGAGAACACUGGCAAAGCAGCUGCCAGCUCUACAAACAGCGGCCGAGCAACUCUCACAGACUUUUGCGGUUGGGUAACGGCUCCUCUGGGAGUCCUUCUACUUGAGAUCCUUGGGAUUCAGAGGGCACUUGCCCUGAGAGGGGGGAGUUCAGACAAACUGACCCCUGGGGUUAAGUAGAAUCAGUUUGAGUGGAGGAGGGGAGAAGGGUACUGGCAACGGUUAGUUAGUGGGAGGCGGGAGGCCACGGUGGGGCUCCUGCACUGAAGUAAGACGAAGUAAGUCGCCGGGAAGCGGGGAAAGAGGAGAUGGCCACGGGAGAGAUCACAACACUUCCCUCCACACCUGAAGACGGCAGCAGUGGCGGCUUCCCCCCCGGCACCUACAAGGACCCCAAAAGACUGUACUGCAAAAACGGGGGCUUCUUUUUGAGGAUCAAGUCUGACGGAGGAGUGGAUGGAAUCCGGGAGAAGAACGACCCCCACAUAAAACUUCAGCUGCAGGCGACCUCGGUGGGGGAAGUGGUCAUCAAAGGAGUCUGUGCCAGCCGUUAUCUGGCCAUGAACAGAGACGGACGACUGUUUGGAGCGAGACGAGCUACAGACGAGUGCUACUUCUUGGAGCGACUGGAGAGCAACAACUACAACACGUAUCGCUCCAGGAAAUAUCCCAACAUGUAUGUGGCUCUGAAGAGGACGGGUCAGUACAAGUCUGGAAGCAAAACUGGACCGGGUCAGAAGGCCAUUCUCUUCCUGCCAAUGUCCACCAAGUGUUAAAUCUGAGAAGAACCCCCACACACACAAAUACCCCCCAGCUGUGAUCUUCCACCUCUUCUGUCCGAACACGUUAUUUAUUGUUUUAGUUUGAAAUCUCGAGCACACGCUCACACACCUGGCUCCUCCCAGUAAAACAGUGCCUUGCUCAAGAGUGCCUCAAGCCAACGGCAAUGCAGGAUUAUUCUUCUUCGUAUUUUUUUGUCUUAAAUCCCAGCAGCAACACAGACAGAGUUUUCUCCCCUUCAUGGUCGUGCACAGCUGAUUUUAGUGCCCCGCCUCCUCUUGCCUGCACACACCAGGCUCCGCCCCUAACCUGGAUGUUCAGGAGCGUUGUGAGCGCGCCUGACCCAGACAAUCUCCCGCUGCGUUCAUCAUAUGAAACUCCAGAGAAUGUCCAGGGUUAAGAACGGUCACUCCACGCCUUCAGCUGUUGUCACUUGAGUUUAAAAGAAGAGAAAAGACUGAAAGUAUAGAAUUUUUUAUUUAGUUACUUAACUUUUUAAACCGCUCAGCAAAUUAAAACAAACACUAAAACAAAACAAACAAAACUCUGCAUACUUCAUCAGAAGGUUUCACACGUUUACUGUUCAUAAAACAUAGUUCGUCUUGGUUAGCGUUAAAUCCCGGUGCCUCUGUCGCCCCCAUGAGGAAUUCUGAGUAUUUAGCACCACCUCGAGGCGUGACCUCCAAAAACCUUCGGAACCGUUUGUCUCACUUCACUCGUGUGUUGUGUAGUGUUGUGAUGUAAAACGCAUCACUUCCUGUGUGCAGGAGUGAUCUACAGAGCGCCGGUAGCUGAUGUCACGCAGCAGUGAGAAUCAAAACAACGCUAUUUAUAACCGUCGCCGCGCUUUGUACCUGUCAGCGUCGAGGACGAGAUUAUCAGAGAGUGGAAGACGAUGUCGUAGGUGAGGAAUAACGUCCACACUCCAGGGGAGGCGGGGCUUAUAGCUUAAACUAACGUGAACCCCCGACGGCUGCCAACAUGGCCGCGUAAACAAAGUGAGUCACGUGGAGCUGAUGGAGGAGGAUUAAUCAGUGCUGUGUGAACUCAUAUUCACAAAUAUUCACAGGGAUGAGGUUUGCUUCGAGGAGAACAUUAAAGGUUUGUGCGGCAGGUCCAGGAGCUGGACUGAGCUGGACUGAGCUGGACUGAGCUGUUAAAACUCUGGGGCGUCUGAUUGGUUUUCUUCACCAGUAACAGUCGUCGUCGUCGUCGUAAAUAAUCUUCAAACAUGAGGACCGUGGACCGUCGUGAGUUAGCGCUCUCGUGUCGGGGGAAGCCGUCUGUGAUAGAGCUGGUAGAACUUUCCAGAGUAGACGGCAGGAAGCUCCUCCAUGGUCAGGUCCACGUGGUCAAAGCCGCGCUCGAGGCCGUGAAGCAGCAGCUUGGCGACGCGCGAGGUGAUGGGCGUGGUGUCGUCCGUGUGGGCGAGGUCAGCGAGGUCCAGCCAAUCGCAGCGCAGACACUCCUGCGUGCAGAAGUCGAUGUCGUAGGUGAGCGGGCUGAGGCGGCAGAUGACGUACAUGUCCGACAUGCCGAAGGCGCCGGGGUGGUCGUGCUGCUGCCGGACGCUGAGCAGAGACCGGAACUCGGAGCGAACGCCCGUUUCCUCCAACACUUCACGUACCGCCGUGGCUCCUGAGGAACAUUCAGUCACAUGUGUCAGAUAUUUACAUGUUUUUUUUGUAAACACAAACAGAUGAUGCUGCUUUUUUUUAGAUCAUGUAUAAGGUGUUAAAAGCUGCUUUUAAAAAAGUGAAAUAGACAGAAUUAUCGCAUUUAUAUCACGUGCCUUAUUUUGUUCAGUUCAAAUGAAUGUAUACGUCUCAUGUUAAAGCUGGAGUAGGCAAGAGCAACUGUUGAGUCUCCUCCCUUCUCUGCCUGGAGCUCCUCCCACCUGUAUGAAUGGCAGACAGAGCCGGCGCUGUUCUGCGCAUGUAUGACGUGACGUCGGGACCUUUAAAGCAGACGCGUUUCCGUUUUCACGUUCAAAGCUUCUGCUAAAUGACGUCCAUUUUCUACCACUGUAUCCUGUCUAUCGUGGUCGGCAUCCAUCUUGCGUGCUUCUGUGUUGGUCAGUUCUUGGCGGUCAGAUGUUUCCUCGCCCGGUUUAGAGAGUCACUUCCUCUUCCUCACUUCCUCCGACAACGGUUUUCUCUGCGUCUUUUUCGCUGGCUCUGCCGCGACCAACGUCUAACGUCACGCUGCUUUCUCUGCCUCCAUCUUACAGCGGUACCGUGUGUGUGCGUGCGUGUGUGUGCGUGCGUGUGUGUGUGCGUGCGUGUGUGACGGCGGCUCUGAUCUUAAAAAGGCUGGUUUUCCGCUCACAGACAGUAGGGGGCAGUGGCGACAUUUAAGCAUCGCGACGACUCCGGAGCCGUUACACUGGGGGUAAAAUGGUCCGUGGACGGUCUGCCUGCCCCAGCUUUAACACCAACAUUGAAAGGACUUUGAUGAGUUGUACUGUAUUCGUCUUCGAGACUCACCGAUGUUUUCUCCAGGAUCAGACAAACCACCGGGGAACUUCCAAGCGUUCUUUGUCUGAAAUUCAGGAGCAGAGUGGAGCGUGUGAUUGACGGCACUGCUGUACAUUAAUCUCAUAGUAUACAAACAUUCUAUAUCGUAACGUUUAAGCUGUAGUUUUUGUUUUUGUCAGUAGUGGAUCUUUAUAUCGUGAGAAUUCUUUCUAUAUUUUAUACUCUGGAGAGAUUUAGAACGUGUGUCUUUCACCACUUACCCUUGAUAUUUAAUAAGAGUUUGCUGCUGGUUAAAUUAUGACUUCGGUGUUGUGUGUGUAUAUAUAUUUUUGUAGUUAAAAAGAAUUGUGUACGCUUCACUUUUCAAAACAAAUGCUAAACAUAAUAUUGUAUAUUUUUCUGAGCUGUUUCUGACAUGUGCUGUAAGGAAGGAAGAAAUAAAAGACUUUGUGUAACUCCAA